CCAGUGCUAAGAAAACUUCGCUUUCAGUUUAGCAGUCAUGCCAGUGUGGUUUGUGUUAAAGAAUCCCAUUAAUAAUGCAACGCACUGUCUGAAUCUAUUCACUCGUCAAUACAGCCGCUGCACUGCUCCUGUCUGAGUGCCAAGCCAGGAGAAAGCUUGGUGAAGGAGGAUGGAUGGAGUCAGCUGGAGUACUACAAGGUCCCAGGAGUUAUUUGGUCGCUCCAGCUCAGCCACAGACACUCUGUCAAGGCUUGCCACCUUUAUCGCAAGGGCAGAGACAAAACAGCACACACGAACCCAGAGGCAGCGUCUGCCCCAGCAGCCCACCUAUCUGUGUCAAGAAUGUGGUAACGCCUUUUCUUAUGCCACAGAUCUGUUACAACACCAGGAGUCUGAACACACACUGCCCAAGCCUCACCGGUGUCCUUCGUGUGGCCAGGAGUUCUCCCUGAGGUCAUCCUUACAGCUACACAAGUGCGAGUCCACCCGCUGCGAGCUUUGUCAUGGGAUGUCACUUUUUGGUUCCCCCUGCUCUACGUGCGCGACUCACAUUUCUGAUCCUGGCAGGCCCCUGGACAAACCACUUCACCGCCAGCCUCAUCACAUGGACCGCAGCCCAUAUGCGUGUGCCCCGUGUGGGAGAGGUUUCAGCCAGAAGCAGGCUCUGCUGCAGCACCAACAGGCCGGCUGCAAUGAGCUGCCGUCCCUGUCCGAUAUAGCUGAUGCCAGCAGACUCCCUGACGACUCUUCACCUGUUUCUGAGGGGGAUUCCACUCGCUCUGAUUCUUCAGAUACUCCAGGGCCAAGUGGCCGAGCUAUCAGCACGUGCCAACUCUGCUCAAGAAUCUUCCGCUCAGAGGCUGCACUGCAACGCCAUGAACAGGCCAGCCAUGCAGAGGAGCAAAAUGCCACCAAUGGGGAGGUGAGGAAAGGAAGGAGUGCUAAGGUGAAUGAAGAGCCAAGCAAGAGUUCAAAAUCUCAAAAAAAGCUGCUGAGCUGUCGCUCCUGUGACAUGGUUUUCAGGAGCACCUCUAAACUAUACGUGCACAGAAAAGAAAAGCACAGUAGAGAGAAGAAUGUCAGGAGAGAGCCGAGGCCAGUCGUCAUCAAGCGGAGGAAAGCAGGCACGUAUCCCUGUCAGGUCUGCGGAAAAGUCUUUGUCCACCAUUUAUCACUUAGGGCACACUACAGACAGCAUACAGCCUUGAGCUUGGCGGCUAUCAAAAACAAAAGCAAGACUGUAGGAUGUACCACCAAAGAAUCCUCCAAGCUAUCAGAAAACAGACCAAAUAAAGCCAAAACCAGCCUCGCUGAGAUUAAGACAGUCAGGGCUGGCCCAGGGAGACCCAGGAAAGUCAUUCGACGGUUGACCAAGAAAGGUGUUUCAGGGAGAUGCACAGAAGUGCCUGAAGCUCAGGAGGAGGAGGAGGUGGAGAGAGAUUUCCCGUGCCCCUCCUGUGCAGAGGUUUUCUCUCUGCAGCAACAGCUGAAGGAACACAUGGAGCUCCACCAAACCUCCAUGAAGAGGAGACAGUGCAGUGUGUGCACCACCGAGAUGGACACGUGCAAAUGGCCAGGCUCCAGGAGGCAGAGGCUGUACCACUGCGUGCCCUGCCAGCAGGGGUUCUCUGCACUUGACUCUUUCCUAGAACACUGUCAGGAGCACCUGCGAGUCAGGGUGGAGGAGGACAGCUUGACAGAGGGCUACACGCAUCAAGCCGACAAAGCCUGACGUGUCAGUGUGAAUGUCAUCAGCAACCCGCCUUUUUGCCUUGAAGGGUUAGACAGAGGGGAGUGAUGAAAUCUCUGUGAAAUUCUUGUUGAGUCACGAGUUCACUGAUUGAGCAUUCAGAAUAUAUUGCUUUUGUACCCCAAGCUCGGGCUUUGUUAUCCAAACCAUAUCAACAGUUAAAAAGAAUGUCUUAUUGAGCUUUUAUUUAGCCCUUUACCAUGAAUUUUACUUUCUCCUGCAAGACGCAUUGAAAAGCACAGUGUGGAUAUCAGUUUGUCUAAGAUCCAUCACAGCAGCCUUUAAAGGGAGGUUUAAUCAGUGUUUGUACAUCUGAGAACAGGACAUCUUCUCAGAUGCGUCUUGCAGAGCAGCCGUGCAUUAAUAAGUUGCAUUGUAGUGAAAUACAACAAAGAAGAAUUACACAGAAUAUGUGUUUAUGUUGUUUAGCAGCAGCAGCCUUUAAGAUGAGCCUCAGCUUUAUUACAGCAAGACUGAUGAUAUGAAAUUGAACAUAAAGCUAACAUUUUCACUGUGAAGGACUGUUGUUGUGUGCAAAUUUUCACUCUAUAAUGCAUUGAAAACUGUAGAAGCCAGAACGGUUUGAUUUUGAUUCGUUUGAUCCAUUCAAAGUAUCCAAACCUUUAAACCCAGGAGUCCUUCUUUCAGACCAGUGGUUGUCUGUGUAUCCUCUUUUACACAGAGUAAAAGUGGUAUAAAAACUUCCACAAAUUGUCUGCUUUUCCUUUUUUUUUUUUUCUUUUUUUUUAAAUUAAGAAUGGUAGCUUAUGAUCCUGGAAGAUGGUCUCACCACUUGGCAGCAACUGGGCUGGUUUAAUUCCAGCCAGAUACACAAAGCCCCUUUGGGGUUGUAUUAGGGAGGCCAUAAAAAGAGCAUAAAACUCUGCCAGUCAAACUUGUGGAGUCACCCACUGUGGCGAUCCCUUGUGAGAAGGGAGCAGCUGAAAAUGGCUGUUAUUAUGGUGAAGAUCAGUUGUGUAAAGGUUCCUGGACCUUGGAUAAACUUCCCAGCGCUUAGAGUUUGAACUGUUCAUUUCUAAUCAACCCCAUUUUCCAAAAACAGGUUAGGAUUUGCUCGCAUGCUCAAAGUGGAGCUAAGCUCAUCUUUGCCUCAGGGUUUUGUUUUUUGUUCUUUUGAGAAAUGAGGCCAUCUGCUCAACUGUGGUACAUUCUGGCCAGAACACUGCCUGACACAUUGUUUGCUACUUGUCUAGUUUUUGUUAUGUUUUCUGCUGUAUUUUCUUACAAAUUUGGCAAUAAUUAUUCAUCGAUUGUGGUGUCUGAACUUGUCGUGUUGUCAGUCUUGUGUCCCGAACGUGAGUGUUAGCAGCACUACUUAGAGCACUGGGUGAAGGUUCAUUUCUUUGCUCGAGAGAUAAAAUGCAGCCCCGGGGUCUGAAUGAGAUUGUAGUGUGUAACGCUGUUUGUUUACAUGCUGUUUCCCAAUAUUUUAUCAUGGAAGAGAGAUCGCAGUAAACUAUACAGUGAGCAAACUUGGCUUUCAUGGAUAACUCUACCCGAAACAAUGCCUUUCAUAAUGGCCCUGCUUAUUAGCUUGCAUGAGCUCGGGUCGUAUUUCCUAACUAUGCAAACAGAUGGACUGACGGCAGCCCUUCAGUGUGUCUAGGAUGCUCAAUAAGUGCGCUUUGGUGAAUAAACUUAAAUCAACAUGUUUUUUUUUUUCUAAAGUAUUUUCAACUACUGUUUUCAAAAUGCGACUGUGAACAUGUAGAAGAUACGUUUCUAGGUUUUGAAGUUUCUACUUUUCUGAGGUCUUUUGUAAGUUGGUGUGUAUGGCUCUUUG